AUGGUGCCAGCCUUUAUCACUCGCCAUCCUCCACCACCAUCUACAUCUACCUCUAGCACGACACCUUAUUACUCCUAUGAUGGACCAGCACUCGCACCAGCAAAAACUAUUAAGCCAGCCCCCGAAACUUCCAAGGACUUCUUCCGCAAUAUGCGUGAUCUACAGAACUGCAUGGCAGAUUUCUCUGACGUCCAUGAUGCGGCGGUUUCUGCUAUUGCGCCAUUGACCAAUUUCUCGAAUGAAAGACUAUCCUCGGCUCUCUUUCUAGCGGGUACAGUUGCCGCUGCACUUCUCUUUGUAUCAGCACAUCUUUUACCAAUCCGACUAGUUUUGUUAGCUGGUGGCAAUGCAGCCAUCUUAUCGAAUAACCCAAAGGUACGACAAUUUUUCCAGGGUUUGUUGGAGGAUGUGGGUGGCCUAUCCGAUCUCGAUUCUCCUAUUGGGGAUGGCGAUGAGCGUGAGCUGUUUGGACAGUCGAUUCCCGCGACACCAACGGCAGCUGUAUCUGCUAUGGAGAAAUUGGCAGAUAUCUCCUUGGACACCGACCCGGAGGAACGCGAGGUCGAAGUUUUUGAAGUACAACAUCGAGUAUCUGAACGGACAUUGGACUCAGAGUGGGAGCACUUUCUCUUCAGUCCACUACCAUAUGAUCCGUUGUCCCCAUCUCGCAUUGCGGGUGACCGGCCGCGUGGGUGCCGCUUCUUCGACGAUGUCCGUACGCCAUCUGGAUGGAAAUGGAAGAGCAAGAAGUGGGAGCUUGACCUGGAUUGUCGGGAGUGGGUGAUUGAGCGUAUGAUUACAGGAGUGGGGUUUGAGGUUCCAGGUGUUACACCAGAAGGCAAUGCCAUCAUCGAUGAGAUAGGAGGUUGGGUUUGGGAUCUGCCUGGUGAAUCGUCGCCUGUCGAAGACGAGGAGAUACCCACGAUGGCAUAUGGGGACCUUCAGCCUGAGACAGGCCAUGCCCAAAAUCCGCCAAAAGAUAAGCAGGUCAAGUCUAACACUCGGGAUUGGGAAGAGGGAACCCCUGCUUCAUUCGGAGUGGGAGAAUGGCGACGUCGUCGAUGGGUGCGAAUUGUCCAGCGCAUGAAUGUUCCACCAGCAGGAACUAGCACCGUCACCUACUCAACCCUUAGUCAUUAA